AUGUGGGCAGUUCUACUCCUCGCGCUCCCAGCCGCCGCGCAAUUGUCUGGCGCUGUCGGUCCGACAACUUCUUACUCCUCGAAGGCUACUUAUAAAGUCUGCAACAUCGUCGACUACGGUGGCUUCCCCAACAAUGGCACGGAUAUCGGGCCGGCCCUGUCAUCAGCCUGGGGUGACUGCGCCAAGGGUGGACUGGUGUACAUCCCAGCUGGCAACUUCUCCAUGGCGACUUUUCCACUGCUCAAAGAUGGCAUCUCGUCGGCCGUGCAACUAGACGGGGUAGUCCAUCGCACCGGGGCCGCAGGCAGUACGAUGUUUGCCUUCCGCAACUGCAAGGACUUUGAAUUCUUCUCGGGCAAUUCCCGAGGCGCUAUCCAGGGCAAUGGUAACGAGUACCUGGCCCAGGAUGAGUACGGUCCGCGUCUGAUGCGCUUCAAGGAGAUGAGUAACUUCUCUGUUCAUGGUUUCGCACUCGUCGAUUCGCCUUCCUACUAUCUCACACUGGACACGGUCAGCAACGGCGAGAUCUACAACAUCAUCAUGCGUGGGCCUACCAUUCUUGGAGGCACUGACGCAAUUGAUGUUUGGGGAGAGAACAUGUGGAUUCACGAUGUCGAGGCGACCAACGGGGAUGAAUGCGUGACGGUCAAGAACCCCUCGUCCAACUUUCUGAUUGAGAGCAUUUAUUGCAACCUUAGCGGGGGAAUGGCGAUUGGCUCCCUAUCCACAGGGACCGACAUUCACGAUAUCUAUUAUCGUCAUAUCUAUGCCAACGAUGCGGAUCCAUGCUUUAUCAAGUACAACGGUGGUAGUGGCACGGUCAGGAAUAUCAUUUGGGACACGAUCACAGUCCGCGGAGGCGUCUAUCCGUUGUCCAUCGAUUCUAGCUGGGGUUCAGCUCACGAUGGAGCUGGCGUGGAAGUCACCAACCUCACCUUCAAGAACUGGCAUGGAUACAGCCAGGACAAUGCGCGUCCUGCCAUUCGACUGCAGUGUGGAUCCGAGGUACCUUGCACGGAUAUCAGUCUCGAGAAUGUCAAUUUGUUCAGCGAAGAUGACUAUGUAGUCUACAAAUGCGAGAACGCCUAUGGCAAGGGGGCGUGCAUGGAUGGAACGACUCCUACCAGUGCUGCAACAGGCUAUACCGCACACCAAACGGUGACAUCUAUGGGCUAUUUCACAGUCUGGAUGGCAGAUGACAUUACCACCCAGAUGCUGGCCAAUACGUCAUAUACCAUUCCUCCUAUGCCAACAAGCUUCUAUCCUGGCCAAUCUCCAUACUCUACCCUUUUGCACCUCAGCGGGCCCGGUGGUAUUGAAGGAGCAAGCUCUUCUGUGCACGCAUCUAUGAGGAAAAAGGGAGGAGACUAUACUAUUGCUAUUCUACCCAAAGGAUUCCACUGCCGGUACAGAUUCAACUGCGUUAUUCGAUCAUAAAUGCCCCCAAUGGAUGAAAUCUGCUUGUAAUAAAGGCAUUCACUGCGUCGAACCAUAGGCAUAACCGACACCACCUACGAGAUCCCUGCCUAUAUCAAGUUAUGUCAAUGAAAAGAAAACAUACACAAACUAACAGGGGCUACUGAUUUUGAUAUACACAUAUUCCCUCAUCCAUGCCCACCAAGC